UUUCUCCAAUUUUAUCAAAUGGGAGAGGCUGUGGGUUUUUUGUUGUUGUUUUCAGACUGAGAAGUUUUUUUAUUCCCAGGAAACACUCAAAGAUACAUAUCCGAGUCGCCGACACCAUGCCUAUGAUCAGGUGCUGAACAGGUUGAUCUUCUCCCGAAAUGGGCCGAGAAGGAUUUGCAUCGAAGGCUCGAAUCUCCAGCUCCCAAGCUGUCAUCAUUGACAAUGGCUCCGGACUUUGUAAAUCGGGGAUUUCUGGAGAAAUUAGUCCAAGGCACGUCAUGGCCACCGUCCUUGGUUACCCCAGAAGCAAGCUACCUCUUUCCAAGGCUAAGCAGAAAGAAUGCUACGUGGGAUUCGAAGCCCAGCAUAGACAAGACGUCCUCUCGUUGACCUACCCCAUCGAAGCGGGCGUCAUCACUUCCUGGGAUGAGAUGGAGACCGUCUGGAAGUACAUCUACGAGAAAGGGUUGGGGGUCAAGGCCUUCGAGAGGCCUCUGCUGAUGACAGAAUCCCCCUUGAACCCAAAAGAGGACCGAGCCAAGCUUACCCAGCUGAUGUUUGAAUAUUUUAAGGUCCCGGCUUUCUAUCUCUCCAUCCAAGCCAUCCUCUCCCUCUACGCUUCUGCACGUUACACGGGGAUCGUCAUCGAUUGCGGGUAUGGGAUCAGCCACGCCGUCCCAGUGUACGAGGGGUACUGUCUUCCCCAUGCUGUCUCCCAGCUGGGCCUGGGGGGCCGCGACGUCACACAGUUCCUGAGGGAACUUCUUCUAGAAAACAGGCAAUACUUCUGGAACUUUCCGGAAGCCAACACCGUGGUGGAGGACAUCAAAGUCAAGUUGUGUUUUGUGACCUUAGACGCCCGACACCGAGAGAGCAAGCACUCCGAAGACCUCCCCAAAGAAUACAAGCUUCCUGAUGGCAACAGGAUCAAAAUCGGGGACCCCCUCUACCUGGCUCCCGAGAUCCUUUUCAGGCCGAGCAACAUCGACCACAAGGGUCAGGGUCUCCACAAGCUUGUGGCCCACAGCGUCAAGAAAUGCGACCCCAGUAUCCGUAACGUGCUGUAUUCCAACGUGCUGAUCUCAGGAGGGUCUUCCCUCUUCCCAGGUUUGGAUGAACGGAUGUUCAAAGGCUUAGAAGGAGAAGCCCCUCAAGGUGUCCCCAUCAAAGUCAUCGCUCCCCCAGACCGAUGGUUCUCGGCAUGGAUCGGGGCCUCUAUCAUCACCUCCCUGAGCACCUUCAAACAGAUGUGGGUGACGGCUGCCGAUUACCGAGAAUACGGGCCAAAUAUUGUCCACCGACGGUGCUACUGAGGACGGGAAAAUGUCUCCUUCUUUUGGCCAUAAAGCCGCGGCAGCGUCGGUCAGAAGGCUGAAGGCGAUUAAAAGAAGAAAAAAAUAGCAAGCGUUCAGCUUUUCUCCCCCCAAAAGGUUAAAUAAAUAAUUGAUUUUAAGGCCUGAGAAA